AUGGCACCCAACACAACAACGAACAACAACACCUCCAUUCCCUUCCAAGGUGGUGAAUAUACUGGUCCUCUCAAUGAUGAAGGUCUUCCACAUGGAAAAGGUUCUCUCUAUUUCCCAUACACCAAACACAAAUACGAAGGUGAAUUUGUGAAUGGUAAAGCACAUGGAAAGGGUGUUGCGAGUGGUGCGUUGAGUCAAGAGAUGGUUCUUGUCAUUAACAAUGAAUUGAGAAAUGUCGGUGAUAAAUUUGUCUCUGUACCAAGCAGUAGUACUUCCACUUGUACAUCAUCAUCAUCCAAUUUGAAUCAUCAACCACAAGAUUCCAAUCAUUCCUCCUCACCAUUCUCCUCACCAUUCUCCUCACCAUUCUCCUCACCAUUCUCCUCACCAUUCUCCUCACCAUUCUCCUCACCAUUCUCUUCCGUAUGGAAUUACGAUGGUCAAUGGAUGGAUGGUCAAAUGCAUGGUCAAGGUACUUUUGUCUUUGGUAAUGGUGACAUGUACAGUGGUGAAUGGAAAGAAGGAGUGGCAUGUGGUAAAGGUCUCUACACUUGGCAUUCCACCAAUGAUCGUUAUAUGGGUGAAUUUGUGAAUAUGAAAAGACAUGGAUCAGGAACGAUGCUCUUCUCAAAUGGACACAAAUACGAUGGUUUAUUCUAUAAUGAUUAUCGUCAUGGUCAUGGUAUUGAAACUUAUUCUAAUGGUAAUCGAUUUGAAGGUUAUUGGGUGAUGGAUAAGAGACAUGGAUCUGCAUUUGCCUAUGUCAAGUUUGAUAAUUUGGAUAAAAAGUUACAAAAGAAGAGAAAACAAGGAAUGAAAGGACAACCUAGUAUUCCAACCAGUGGUGGUGGUAACAAUGGUGGUGGUGGUAAUAAUAGUAUUGGAAAUAUUUAUUUGAAUUUACAUUCCAUUGAUCAAUAUGUGGUCUUUCUUCAAGAAUAUCAUUUAGGAAGAUUAUUGAGUGAGAGGGAAUUAUUCCCAUCCGAUUAUGCACCCUACAUUUACACAGGUAAUGGUAGUAAUGGUGGUUUGAAAGCACCUAUUGAACUACUCUCUCAAGACAUUGAUCAUGUAUUGGUACAAAUAGAUGAAGAAAUUGAAACUUUGAUGUUGGAGAGUGGUGGUGGUGGUGAAAUGGAUACAACUACGACUACGACUACUAACAAUCACUCGUCCAAUUCUCCACAAGCACCAAACUCUGUCUCUACUCCUCAUGAUGAUGAGAGUGGUGGUAUUCGAGGUGGUGGUAGUCAUGUAAUCUCUACUAUCCAUGCAUCCAAUACGACUACUACUACUAUGACUGGUACACCAAGUGGUGGUAGUGGUAGUGGUGAGAAUACUUGCCAUUUGAUGCAACACAACAACAGCUCUCCUCCUACUGGUACUACUACUAGUACUAGUGGUGGUGAUAGUGGUGGUGGCACUGGUGGUGAUUCAGCAGCAAAUACUUCUCCUCCUCCUACUCUCACUUCCUCACAAAUUCUCAACAAACUUGCAAAGAGAAAAUCUCAACACCAUCAUCAUCACCACCACCACCACCAUCAUCAGGGUAGUCCUGCCAUGCUUCCUUCGUCAUUGCUUGGAAAUAUUCUAUCUUCACCUCCUUCACCCUCAUCUUCUCAACAACAACUCAGCAACACCAACAACAACCCUCAUUCCAUUCUCACCACAGACAAUGUCUUUGUUCAAGGUGUGGUCUGUUGGGAAGAUAAAUAUUGGGACAUGAUUCAACAAUUAUUUGUUCAACAAUUCACUUCUAAAUGUGAAUACAAUUAUACCAAAGCACUAUUGAAUGCAUUGGAUCAAGUCACUACACUUGAAGAGAGAAGACAACAAUUACUUGAAAAUAUUGACAAGUGUGAGAAUGCAAAAUCUAAAACCAAAUGGGAAAUGAAACGUGUCAUUGUUGAAGAAUUGAAUGCUGAAGCACCUAAUGACUAUUCUGGUGUUGAUCUAUUUAUGGAUCGUUUGGAUGAAUUAAUUGGUGAGAUGAGAAGUGAAUUGAGUGAAAUUAUUGAAAGAAAGAAUUCUGCUAGUCAAAUUAGAGAUGAAAAGAAAAUUCAACUCACCAAACAACAACUCUCUGAAAUUGAAAAGAAAUUAUUUCGAUUGGAAAGUGCAUUACAAACAGCUAAAAAUACUGCUCAACCUUAUUCCAAACUCAAAUUCUUUGUACGUGAUGUCUUGUAUCAACAAUUGUUGGAAGAAGUGGCCAUUCAUUUACAACGUUUGAGAGUCUUGUUGAGACGUUUAAUGUUCAUUCGUUAUGAUGUGAAUAACAUUAGUGUGAAUGCAGAUUCCAAUUCUUCCACUUUGACACUCAAUAAGGAAAAAUUGGAAGCAAUGGCUGAUAUUAAAUUGCAAGUACAAGUGAUUCAGGGUUUAUUUGAGAGUAGUAUUUCACGUUCACGUGGUGAGAUGGGUGGUCAAAGUGGUUCGAGUGGUUCGAGUGGUGGUAAGAAUGAUUCAUCCUCUUCCAAUAAUAAUACGAUGAAUGUGAAUACAAUCAUUGAUAAUGUGUUGAAGAGAAGUAGACAAUUGAGUGAACAUGUAUUGGCUCAAUAA